AAUUUGCGAUCAAUUCAUUCCGUUUUUCCCUUUUUGGAGGAUAAAUUUACAUAUUUAAAUUAUGUGUCAGAUAUAAGAAUACCCUAUCCUAUCCAUCUGGAAAUCUUAGUUCAAAUCCUUCGAUACUGGGUGAAAGAUGCCCCUUUUUUUCAUUUAUUACGGUUGUUUGUUUAUAAUUUUUGUAAUUGGAAUAGUUUUAUUACUACCAAAAAAUCGAUUUAUACUUUUUCAAAAAGUAAUCCAAGAUUAUUCUUGUUCCUCUAUAAUUUUUAUGUAUGGGAAUAUGAAUCUAUCUUCCUUUUUCUACGUAAUAAAUCCUCUCAUUUACGAUUAAAAUCUUUUAGCGUUUUUUUUGAGCGAAUUUUUUUUUAUGCAAAAAGAGAACAUCUUGUAGAAGUUUUUGCUAAGGAUUUUCCAUAUACUUUAAAAUUCUUCAAGGAUCCUCUCAUUCAUUAUGUUAGAUAUCAAGGAAAAUCCAUUCUGGCUUCAAGGAAUGCGCCUAUUUUGAUGAAUAAAUGGAAACAUUAUUUUCUCCAUUUAUGGCAAUGUUUUUUUGAUGUUUGGUCUCAACCAGGAACGAUUAAGAUAAACCAAUUAUCCCAACAUUCAUUUCAGCUUUUAGGCUAUUUUUCAAAUGUGCGGCUAAAUCGUUCAGUGGUACGGAGUCACAUGCUGCAAAAUACAUUUCUAAUCGAAAUUGUUAGAAAAAAACUAGAUAUAAUAGUUCCAAUUAUUCCUCUAAUUAGAUCAUUGGCUAAAGGGAAAUUUUGUAAUGUAUUAGGGCAUCCCAUUAGUAAGCCGGUCUGGGCCGAUUCAUCCGAUUUGGAUAUUAUUGACCGAUUUUUGCGAAUAUGCAGAAAUCUUUCUCAUUAUUACAAUGGAUCCUCAAAAAAAAAAAGUUUGUAUCAAAUAAAAUAUAUACUUCGGCUUUCUUGUAUUAAAACUUUGGCUUGUAAACACAAAAGUACUGUACGCGCUUUUUUGAAAAGAUCAGGUUCAGAAGAAUUAUUGGAAGAAUUCUUUACAGAGGAAGAAGAGAUUCUUUCUUUUAUUUUUCCAAGAGAUUCUUCUACUUUACAGAGGUUACAUAGAAAUAGGAUAAAUCGUAUUUGGUAUUUGGAUAUUCUUUUCAGCAACGAUCUGGUCAAUCAUGAAUGAUUGGUUAUGUUAUGAUACUUAAUAGUCUAUAUCUACAAUUUGUAUUGUAGAAUAUGGAAAGGAUUAUGAAAUGUUCAUGUAAUAAGAGUUGAGUUUCAAAAUUCCUCUUCUGGGGAAAUAACUCAGGUUUAGAUGUAUACAUAGGGAAAGCCGUGUGCAAUGAAAAAUGCACGCACGGCUUGGGGAGGGAUUUUUUAUUGUAUUAUUUCAUUAAACAAUGAAUUUUCUACUCCAUCCGACUAGUUCCGGGUUCGAGUCCCGGGCAACCCAUUAUAAUUCUAAAAGUAGAAUUAAUAUAGCGAAAGAAUUAAUAUAUGGCUAUUCGAUAUCAUAGCCAAGUCAUAUCUAUAAAAAAUCUAGAAAACCUUUUUCUCUUUUUUUUGAAUGAAUGAUGAAAUGAGGUAAAAAAAAGGGAAAUUAGUAUGAAUCUAGAUGAAUAACAGCAUACAAUGGAUAUUGGUAUUGGUUGACACCAGUAUAUAAGU